UAUAAUAUCUCUGACCAAACUCGUAUUUUAUUACACGGAAGCUUGCAAUAUUUUCAGAUUGAGUUGACUGGUCAAAAUGAGAUUUACAUGCAUUUAUAGUCUUACUUUGCUCGUUGUAGUCUUUAAUGUAUUAGUACAUUGCGAGUUUCAGACUCUGGCGCAUUUAAAACCGCAAGCCAACGACAAGACUCAGGGAAGAGCUGUAGUGGAACUUUUGAAGCGUCUACUUGGAAAUAGGUCUCGUGAGUUCAUUGUGUCAGUCAACAGAACUUUAUCCAAUGACAGUUUGGAAGCAUGUGAGCUACGGUCGGCGAAAAACAAUAAAAUCAUAGCUACAGGCAGUACCGGGGUAGCUGUCGCCUCUGGGAUUUAUAAUUACUUAAAAUACUUCUGCAAUUGUCAUAUAUCGUGGUCAGGCAAUCAACUCAACAUUCCACGUCCUUUGCCACAACUGACAGGCGUCCUCCGCAUCAGCACCCAACACAGAUUUAGGUACUACCAGAACGUAUGCACUCAAAGUUACUCAACAGUGUGGUGGGACUGGCCACGAUGGCAGAGAGAGAUCGACUGGAUGGCUCUGAAUGGCAUCAACCUGCCUUUGGCGUUUACUGGACAAGAAGCAUUAUGGCAAGAGGUGUACCUCUCACUGGGACUGAACCAGACUGAAAUCGACCAGUUCUUCACUGGCCCUGCAUUUCUGGCCUGGAACCGUAUGGGCAACCUGUUCCAGUGGGGGGGCCCUCUACCACAGUCCUGGCACGUGAAGCAGCUCUACCUCCAAUUCAAGAUUUUGGACCAAAUGAGAUCCUUCGGCAUGCUGCCUGUUCUUCCAGCUUUCUCUGGGAUUGUGCCUCAGGGCAUUGCCAGGCUCUUUCCAAAAGCCAACAUGACCAAACUUGCGCCAUGGAGCCAUUUCAACUGCAGCUACUCCUGUGCCUACACACUAGACCCCCGUGAACCCCUCUUCCAUCGGAUCGGGUCACUGUUCUUAUCCCAGCUGGUUAAGCAGUUUGGCACGGACCAUGUCUACAACACAGACACCUUCAAUGAGAUGACGCCGACCUACUCAGACCCCGCCUACUUGUCCGCGGUCAGCCGUGCAGUCUUUGACACCAUGACAGCAGUGGAUCCCCAGGCCAUUUGGCUGAUGCAGGGCUGGCUCUUUGUGCAUGACACUGCAUUCUGGAAGCCUGCCCAGAUUCAGGCCCUUCUGCAUGGUGUGCCCAUUGGCCGGAUGAUCGUGUUGGACCUGUUUGCAGAAUCUACGCCGGCUUUCUCCUUCACCAAGUCCUUCUACGGCCAGCCGUUUAUAUGGUGUAUGCUCCACAACUUUGGCGGCAACACUGGCCUCUUUGGCACAGUGGAGAGCAUAAACUCUGGGCCAUUUGAGGCUCUCACCUUCCCCAACUCCACUCUGGUUGGACUCGGGCUGGCGCCGGAGGGAAUCGAACAGAACCCUGUGGUGUACGAGCUGAUGGGUGAGUUGGCAUGGCGCAAAGAGCCAGUCAAUCUGGCCAAGUGGGUGUCUCUGUAUGCGGUUCGCCGCUACGGCAGCACCCAUGAAAACCUGGCGGCCGCCUGGAGGCUGCUUUUUCGCAGUGUCUACAACUGCACUGUGCCGAACUACAAGAACCACAACCACAGUCCUUUGGUCCACCGACCCUCGCUACGCAUGAAUACCGAAGUGUGGUACCAGAAGGUGGACCUGUACGAGGCCUGGAGGCUGUUGUACGAGGUGGCCCAACCGCAUAUGGUCCGGGAGACAUUCCGCUACGACCUGGUGGACAUCACUCGGCAGGCCAUGCAGCUUAUCACCACAGACUACUACUGCGAGAUCCGGGAUGCCUUCCAGGCCCAGACGCUUCCAGAGCUCCUGACGUCAGGUGGCGUGUUGGUAUACGAUCUCCUCCCCGAGCUGGAGCGCCUGCUGUCCAGCGACGGCCACUUCCUGCUGGGGACGUGGCUUGAGCGAGCGCGGUCCCUGGCUCUGGAUGAGGCGGAGGCGCGACUGUACGACAUGAAUGCCCGGAACCAGAUCACCCUGUGGGGGCCCGAUGGCAACAUUCUGGACUAUGCUAACAAGGAGUGGGGCGGUCUAAUGGAAGACUAUUACUCCCAGCGCUGGAGUCUGUUCAUCAACACGUUGGUCGAGUGCCUGGACAGGGGCAGACCCUUCAGGCAAGACACCUUUAACCAGGCUGUCUUUCAGGUGGAGAAGGGCUUUGUUUUUAACAACUGGAAGUACCCCUCCAAACCGCAGGGGGACACUUAUGACAUUGUCAGCCGAAUCUUCCUCAAAUAUUAUCCACAGGCUGUGAAGAGACUAAAGUCAUCCACACGGUAAUCUCCUGAAAGACUUACACAUACAGUACAUUAAACCUUUUUAAGGUGUAUGGAAUGAUUACAGUAACCUAGGAUGGGAUUAAUAAGAGAGGCUGGUUCAGCAAAAUCACAUUAUUGUCAAAGGACAAGGAGUGAAAGGUUAUGUUUGAUUUCCAGAGCAAAAACUAUCUACAUGUCAUUUAGCAUGUUUUAAAUUAAAUUCCCAAAUGACCUCUUGAAUACCCUAUGCAGUAUUUGUAAAUAUCAGUGUUAAAUUUUCACUGUAUUUCUAAUAAAUCACUGUUUAAGUUAACAGUAAAUAUACAUUUUAAUUACGUGUUUCUCUUAGUUAUGAAAAUCACGAACAACACUGGCCUUUACGUAGAUUGUGCAGCUCAAUUAUUUGUAAUAUCAUUUUUUUUAGAAUAUCUGUGGGUGAAAUUAGACAGUUUUAAGGUAAGGCUGUAAUCAAGUCUUUUUCACAACAAAAUUAGUAAAUGGCUUCAUUAUUUCACAAAAAAUUCUAAAAUAAAGAAAUUCCAUUAUUACACAAUUUCUCAGGCAAGCAUUUUACUAGGACUGUUGUGAAUGAAGCAGCAAAGCGCACAAGAGCAGUCCAUUUAUUUAAUUAGUCUCAGCAAAAUCAUGAUGUUUUUUUCUGCUCGCUACCUUCAUAUCAAUCUGAUUCUAAAUUAAUGUUUAACAAUCCUCACUGUUUCCUCAGUGAGAAAUGUAUUUGAACCUAGCACUGAACUCUAACAUAAGAGGUCAAAUUAUCAAUUACAUUCCGGAUACGGAUAUAUUUCAAACAAUAUAUCAGAACUGGAACCAAGCUUCUCUGACUAGUAUUUGCUAAAAGUCCCCCCUAUGCUGAAAGAUUCUAACACAAUUAGAAAUUGUAAUAUCUCCAAAGCACCAACAGUAAUGCUGUUUGUUGUUUCAAGCAUCAUGUAGUUUCAUGACGAUCCACAAAAGAUUAGUGGGAAAUGUCCGGUCUGUAAUUACUGUGUAGUUUUUAACAAGCAUUUACAGUGGGGAGAACAAGUAUUUGAUAAACUGCCGAUUUUGUAGGUUUUCCUACUUA